CCUGAGGUGAGGGGGCGGCUCUCCGAGGCCGGGACGGGGCUGACACUGCAGCCCCCGCGGAGGGUGGCGGCGCGGGAUGAGCUCUGCCGCGGCCAAGCCAGCAGAAUACAAGUGGUGCCUUUCAGACACCGAGGUUUCCCCUGCGCAAGCCUCCAAGGAGCAGCCUUCUGUCUCGUGUCCCACAUGGGUAGCUCUUCUGCAUCAAUCCGUGUGUGCAGGCUGCUUGGAGUGAUGGGUCUCAAGAAACAGAGGAAAGAAACACUUUGCCUCUCCAAGUACAUCCCAAAUAUAGCCUGGAAAGAGGUGGUAUCCAGAGGAGACCAUACUGAAGCAGACAGGCUGGGAAACCUGAGAACUCAACACACAAAAGUUUGGGGUGUCUCUUCCAUCUUCCUAAACAGUGAAGUGCAUUUCCCAGAUUUUUACUCUGGAUUGGGAUUUAAGCCCAAAUUUUCCUCACUGUACCACUGCUGCUGAAAAUGAAAACAGAACCAAAACCAGAAAUCUCAGUAGGCAUCAAGCAAAUGUUGUCCUCCUGCUGUCCUUCCAGCUCCAACUGGUCUUACCUGCAGCUUAUGGGGAUUGUACCCCAUGGGGUUGUAAAUGGAGGCAGUUCUUCCCUGCUACUUCCCUGGCCCGUGCUCAGCUCUUCGUCUGAGGAAGACUAGAUAUGUCACUCUGGGACCUGUCCACUGAGGACAAAACACUCCUGCUGUCUCUAGUCUUUACUUAGCUGAUUGUUUUGCCUGUGAUCUGCCCUGCUGCUGGGAGCAAAACAGCAUGAACUCAGGAGAUCACUCCUGGCCCCAGCCUCUGGAGACAGCGCUCCCAGCUGAGGGAUGGGUUGUUUUCCAUGUUCUUUUUGGUGAAAUCCCCCGGGGCCUUGAGAUUGUAGAGUGAAGCAAUUAGCUUAGCACAAUUUAUUACAAACGAUAGUGCAGGCUGCAAAAACAACAAAGAACUGUAGAGAGGAUCAGGAGAAAUGUCUCUGUCAGGUCAGAGGCCAGAGUCCAAAACAGAUGUGGUGAAGCACAUGAAUUUUUCUGAGCCAAAAAAUCAUCAGCAAGGUCCCCAGGAAAAACAAGUAAAAAUAGUAUGUCAUGAAUGCUGUAUGUUUCCCUUUUGAAGUCAUAGUUUCUGUUUCUUUCCCUGCAACCCAGCAGGGUAGACAUUUGAAAAAAAGCAUAGCUGAGAUUUCUAAUACCCUGAUUCUAGAAGCAGAGAAUUUAAGAAAAUGAGUAAAUACUUUGUCCACAAAAGUGUUGCCAAUAUUGCCAUCACUUACUUCCUCACUUAUAAAGCAUUUCUUCAGUAAACUUUGACUAGAGUAAUUUAAUCAAAUGCAUACCUCAUUUAAAGUUAUUUGAACCAGUCUAAACUGUAAGAGAAGGAUCAAGUUUACAAAGAGGACUGGAGCACAGAGAUCCUUGGGGUCUCUCUGGUUUUCUGUUGACAGAUUGUGUGUCAGUGAGCAAAUCCCUGACUUUUUCUGCCUUGCUUCUCUGGUACAAUUUCUAUGCAUUUUGGGAGGGUGGAGACACAGAGACAUCCCUGGCAUGCCAUGGGAUCUAUGGAAGGAAGAAGAGACAUGAUUAUGGGUUUAUUUAGAGACAUGCAUGAGUACCAAUUUCCUGUGUGGAAAGAAAAGACCAUAACACAAAAAAGCGAGCUUCAUAUUUUGCACAAAGUUGGCCUGGGAGCAGAGUAGCAUCCUCUCCCAGGCCUGCAACAUAGAAAACCCUCUGCACCGGCUGGUUCCGAUGGGAGGAGGGCCACAGGAGGAUCCUAAGGGACCUCCCCACAAAGGCAGCCCCUGUUCAGGGAGCUGGCAGUCAUUCCCUAGUGAAACAGAAAUUCUGCAUGUGGCUUCGGUUUCCUUGGUUUUUUCCCCAGGGCUAUAUUUCUGCACUGGCAACUGCUGAGAGCCUGACAGGCUCUCUACAUAUCUUACUUAUUUCUGAACAAAAAGCUAGGGAAAUAAGGAUGGUUCCUAAAUGUGCUUCCAACCUCAAAGCUGGUUAAUGGUUCUGAUAUCAGGGCUGGGGCUGCAGCACAGCACACAGAGAUGCAGAUGCAGCUGACAGCAGUCACUCAGGAUUGAAUCUGACUGGCUGGUUUUGUGCCCUGGGCACAGAUUUGGGAGCAUAGUCCUUUUCUCAUUGGCUUUAGGAGAGAAGCCUUCCCCCAUCCCAGCUGAGAUAAAAGGGAAAGCAAAGAGGUUGUUUUUGUUUCCUGGAGUAGAUUGCAUAUGCUGACCAUGGCAUCUGAAAAGCCGAUACUUUAUAGCUAUUUCCGAAGUUCCUGCUCUUGGAGAGUGAGAAUUGCACUGGCUCUGAAAGGGAUUGCCUAUGAUGUGGUGCCAGUGAACCUCCUGAAGGAUGGGGGGCAGCAGUUUUCUGCUGAAUUCAAGGCAGUGAAUCCAAUGCAGCAAGUCCCAGCCUUGAAAAUUGAUGGCAUCACCCUUUCUCAGUCACUAGCUAUAAUUCAUUACCUAGAAGACACCUGUCCUAACCCCAGGCUCCUGCCCCAAGAUCUGAAGAAGAGAGCCCAAGUCAGAAUGAUCGCAGAUCAUAUUGUUUCUGGCAUUCAGCCACUCCAGAACCUGAGCAUCCUGAAACAAAUGGGGGAGAAAAAAAUGGAAUGGGCUCGGAACUGCAUUGCGUCUGGCUUCCAAGCACUGGAGCAGACUCUGCAGCACACUGCUGGGUGCUACUGUGUGGGGGAUGAAGUCUCCAUGGCUGAUCUGUGCUUGGUGCCCCAAGUUUUCAAUGCUGAAAGAUUCAAAGUGGACAUGGGUCCAUAUCCCACAAUAACCAGAAUAAACAAAGCUCUCCUGGAGUUAGAGGCAUUCAAAGUAAGCCACCCAUCCCUGCAGCCAGAUACUCCUGCAGAGCUGCGAGCUUGAAGCCUUUCUACUCAUUACAUCAAGUAAGCUGAAGGGUCAAAGAGGACAACAGCUACUGCUUGAGUAGGACUUGAGUGCCAGCAGGAGGCCCUAGUGCUAUUGUCUCACUUUUAUCUGGGUGGGAAGAAGGACAGAGGACCUGGAAGUAGCCUGGAUGACUUACAGGAGCUAUGCCUGUGCUGGAAAGCUUGCAGCUACUUCUGACUAUGUUUUUUCUAUUUGAUGUAUCUCCAUGAAGCAGAUUAAAGCAGUAGCAUCUAUAAUUA